UUCUCUCCCUCCAGCCGUUCCUCCUCUUGCGAGAUGGCACGCAGCUGGCAGCGUGGCUGACGGACGAGAGGGCACCGCCUCGCCAGGAAUCAACAGGCUGAGGAAGAAGACUGUCUGGCCUCCAGAGAGCAGACAACAGGACAGGAUGAGUCGCCACCUUUCCUGGCUGUCGAACAGAAGGUGGGAGUGUUCCCAAGCGUGUGGCUGUCGGUGCUGUGCUGGCUCCCGUCUGCCCGCCAUGAAGUAGGUGUCUUGCCAGAGGGAAGGGCCACUCGCUCCCAGCGCUGGAGGAUGCAGGGUGUGUGACGGGCCGGGCUCCACCGCCAUUGGCGAGGUGGGCGUGUUGCCCAGCCAUUAUGGGUGACGCCUCGACCUUGGAUUACGAACUGCUGUCCCCAGGACGGUCAGAGCCCGGCCCCGGCACCCUCGGAAUGGACGCAGAGCAGAAGACGGUCUUCGCCUUCGUCAUCUUCCUGCUGGUUUUCUUGGUCAUGCUGAUGGUCCGCUGCUUCCGGAUCUUGCUGGACCCUUACAGUCGGAUGCCGGCCUCUUCCUGGACUGACCACAAAGAGGGUCUCGAAAGGGGCCAGUUUGAUUAUGCUCUUGUGUAGUGUGGGGUUCGGUUUUGGGGCACUUUGACUUGUUUGCGGGUGGGU